GGGAGUAGCAGAAGACACAGUAGGGUUAACGACCCUAGCGGCCACAGGAUAACAAUAACAACAAUAGAUCAAAUGCUAAAAUAUUACAUAUAUUUAUCAUUAGAAAACAUUUUAUGCUUAAAAAUAUAAAUUAUUCCUAGAACCGAGUACUGAACUAUAAACGCGUUAUCAUAUGAGUGAAGUAAUUAAAUCAAUGAAUGAAAUAUGAUUUGUCUGAUACUCAUGUUUAGAAAUAUUGUUCAUGUAUUAGCUUACAACAAAAGUUUAAGGGGCUUUUGUUACCUUCAGGAAACAAAGACCCACUCCCACGUUUUAUUAAAAUUUCGUUUAAUAUUGUACUGUUUGAAAAUGUAAAGAAAUACAGUCCGAUAGACAAUAAUAAGAAGAGGAGGAAGGAUAGAGGUAAGCAACAAUAAUGGAGUCCAACAAAACCUGCCUUUUUUAUGUCAAGCGCAAAAAGAGGUACUGUAAGAUGUUAGUGAGAGCUGGACAGCAAUACUGUGGGCAGCACUUGGUUGAAGAACAUGUUAAUGAGGAAACUAUCCAUCUCAAGAGAAUUCCUUGUCCACUAGAUCCAAAACACUCCUGUUAUGAACAUCGGCUAAAGCAUCACUUAGCAAUUUGUAAUGCCCGGGAGGUGACUGGCUUGCCAUACGUGAAUCACAACAUUAACCUCAGAAUUGGUGACACCAAAGAACCUCCCAAAAUCUCUCUAUCUUCACUGUCAGACCAAGAGUUGUUAUCCUUCAUAGCGAAGGUUGAGGCAGCUCACAUGGAACACAUUGACAACAUUGAAGAAUCCAUCUUGAGUCAUCAUACCCUGGAGAAAGAAAUAGAAGCUCCAGGCUGUGGUCCCAGUAUAAUGCGACACUUGAGUCAAAAUUCCUCAAUUCUUGGUCAUUUAGAGCUGGCUGGACUACUCAACACAUCCUUCACACCUACUUGUUAUGUUGAGUUUGGUGCUGGACGAGGUCAGCUGACACGCUGGUUAACAGAGGCUGUAUCAGAUACCAGCAAAGCUCUAUUUGUGCUAGUGGACAGAGGAGCCCAGAGAUACAAGUUUGAUGCUAAACUGAAGUACAAGUAAGUAUUGUACUUGAAAUAUUUUUCUUGAAUUUGAUACCUACUUACUUUAUGCAUGAAGCAAGUAUUGUAUGCAUGAUGUACAGAGAUUUAAAGAAACCAAUUUCAUUUGUGUGAUAGCCAAAGUAAAAUGCCAAAUACUUUAGUUUUUUCUUUUAUGCUUCUGUCAAAGGUCAGAGUAAUAGAGUUUCAUUUUGUCAGUCAGUCCAUUGCACCGAAAUUAUUUGUGCUUACCUUAUAAGAUCAGCUCCUUCAGUUUUAGUAGAAGAUUCUAACGCUUUGAAAGUAUUUUAGAGGGAUAGAUGUACAUAUUAUGAUAUGGGUCAUUCAUGUCAGAUGAUUUUUAACUUAGGCUGUUAUUGGAACUUCGAUAAUUUUGUCAGUACUAUAUGUUGGUAUGAGUUAUCCAUUUUGUGAAAUCAAGGGAAGGAGCUACUGUACACUCUACUUGCAGCUGGUUAACUAACUUCCAUUGUCAGCUAUCUGCAGAUUUUGCCAUUGCAGUACAGUACUUUAAGUGGUUUUCUUAAUUAGUUACAUCAUAAAUUAGCCCAAAAUUUAUGUAUAAAAAAUCUUAUAGAGUUUAGUUAAUCAUAACCAAUACAACAAAAUGAAAGAGGAUACUGAGAGAACUCAAAGGCAUAGCCCAAAAAUUAUGAGUGCAUGCUGAGCAUAACUUUAAAUGUUCCUACAGGGGAUGAUAUGGGUAACAGUAUAUGAAGUAGAAAAUGUUUGAGCAUGGAAUACAGGUAUUGACAAUGAACACCGUGGGUAAAUGUGCAGGUAAUUUGUUCCUGAGUGCUGGAGACCCUCAGUAUGUCACUGUGUGGGUGUACAGUGCCUGGGUCAGGAGAAAUAUCUUGUCAGAUAAUAUGAAGAUGAUGGUCAUUUGUUUCUCUUGGGAUUGUACUCACACCACUUUUAAUAACCCUACCAAUGCUAUAAGCCAAAAUUGUAGCUCAGAUUUUUUUGGACCAUGUUUUGCAUUGGCCAUAGAUAAUGGCACCUUCCCAUACAUAUUGUUCCCUGUACUGUCUUGCCUGGGUCUUCCCUCAGAGUCUCAGUACUGACUUAUCACCAUGGAAGAUGUGCUUGCUUCAACUUGGCACCCCCCAGGCCUCACCAUGCCUCCUGCACUGCCAAGAAAGAUAGCAAGGAAACUUAAAUACAGUAGACCCUUGCUAUUCGCGAAGGAUAGAUUCCAAGAAACAGCAUGAAUUGGCAAAACUGCAAAUAGGAACUUAUACUAACUAAGUGCAAUACUGUAUACCUAUACCAAACAACUGACCAGCCACGGCAACACUCAUCCCCUCUUUUAACUUAUCUAAUCAUAAAACUUUCUCUGUCUAAGUCAUCACUGACUUUUACAUUUCACCCCACUAGUACUGACACUAGAGGCCAUUUCACACAGAAACACUGAAGUUUUGAGAGUACAACACAAGAUGCUGUGCGAGGUGACUCGUGCUGCUGGAAAAGGCUUGCAAGCUAGUCACCUUAGCCACCAUCUGUUUACUGUGAAUCGUCGAAAUCGCGAAUGGCAAGGGUCUACUGUAUAAUUCUCUAAGGAAAGCAUUGAUGAAUGAGCUAAAUGAUGAAGUAGAAUUUGCAGAACAAAUGGGUACAUUAGUGAGAACUGAAAGUGUGGAAGUGAAUGAUGAAAAGAAAAAAAAGAGACAGCUUCAUUACAAAGAACUGAAGCGUGGGGAAAUAGUGUACAAGAAAAUUUUGUGUCAUAAGAUUUUUAUAACUUAUAGCUAAUUCAUGACUAGUGAAUACAAGUUGUGAGGAGGAAGUGUUUGUGAACCAGAGACCAACCUGGGUAUUGUGGGAGUAAAGGAACUUCCCUUUUCAUGUGAUACACCAUGAGUAAGAAUGGGAUACAGUAUAAACCUUCAUUGAUCAAAAAACUGUUAAGGUCAGUGACCAUCCCAUUAGUGUAGAUGAUGAUAUAUGACACAAUAAUGACCAGCUGCUCUGUGAAAACAAUUUUUUUUUUAGACUCAUAGUGUACCUGACCCCCUCCAUCAUUCCAUUUCCAGGUGUCAUGUGAAGUGCUGAGCAAUAUACAAUAAAAAAAACUGUCUGUAUUUGGGGGGGGGGGGCAGUGAAUUUAAAAAGAAGACUGCGACUCUUGCUUUCUGAGUAGGGUUGCUAAAAAUCCUUCGUCUAUUGUACCAUGUUGUCUAACACAAUUUUGUCAGGAUAUUUUUUGAUUGACUGUACAGUGUACAGUGGUCCCUCAGUUAACGAACACAAUUCGUUCCAGA